UCAAAUGUUGUUUGAUUGAUUUGACAAAAUAACACCUUAUGAAUACCUAUUUAUUGUAAUUUUUGAUGCAUUUUUUGUUCAAUUCUCUAUUGCAUUUUUGGACGUAACGUAUUUAAUAGUAUUUUAAUUUCUAGUUUGAAAACUUUACAAGUUUUACUUUAGUGACGCUUUAUUUCUUUUUGGAUUUAGUUGAACACAGUACGGAGGUACGAUGUGGAUUCGAAAUUAAUAAUCUAUUACGCUAUCUCCACAACACGACCAGUUUAUCCAUUAAAAAAACUGAAACACAGUUUACAAUGUUUGCUAGUCUCAAAAGUAAGAUCAAGGAAGAAACCGGUAGCGAUAUAAGCAAAUUGACAAGCAGCUGGCGCAAUGGUUCUUUUUUGGGCAGAAUCACACUCAAAGAUGAUUCAUCUACAGCGAGUCCUUCUAGCUCAGGUGGACCAGGAGAUUCCACAUCAGAUUCAUUAUCACCACAAUUAGAGUCAUACAUAUCUGAUCGCACUGGUGGGCAAUUGGACCAAGCAGCGUUAAAUCAACAGUAUUCUGCACAACUUGAGUUAAAAUUGAAAGACAGAGAUGCCUACUGGGAAAAGAAAAUCGAAGAAUUAAAGCUCUCCCAGGCUUCUGUACAAGCUGAGGAGGCAGUAGCUGCACAAGCUGUGGCUAGAGCAGCCCAAGCAGAAGCUGCGAAGGCAAUUAGUGACCGUGACGCCGCCGUGCGACAAGUGGACGAACUACGGGAGCGCCUCGCUGCCGUAGAGCACGCUCAAGACAGAUUAGAUGCACUUACGGAGGAGCUAGAGCAAAGUCGACGUACGUGGUCACAGCUGGCGGCGGCGCGAGGGGCGGCGGAGGAGCGCGCUCGAGAUCUGGAAGACCAGAUCACUGUACUGCGCGCCGCACUGCCACCGGACAAUGAACAGCACCACAUGCACCAUGAGGAUAAACGUGCAGUCGAGGCGACAGGUUGCGCGGAUUAUGACCGCGUAUGUCGUGAACGCGCUGUUCUGACGCGGCAACUGCAGGAGGCCAAGAUGGCGCUCGCUGACGUCAAGACCUCUUGGAGCGGGCAGAUCGCUUCACUUGAGACACAGGUGGCGCGACUAUCGCGACAAGCGGGUGAAGAAGGGGCUGAGAGGAGAAGAGUCGAGACUGAAAAGCGAGAGAUGCAAGAGAAAUUAAUGAAUUUGGCGACCGAGUUAGAGAAAACAAAACAAAACUUGGUCAAUAGUGAAGCUAAGGUGGUGCGACUGAACGGCGAGGUGCACUCGCUGGCGAUGGAGGUGAAGGCGCUACGCAACGCCGCGAGCCAAGCAGGCGAGAAAACGAUGGGUCUAGAAAGUCGUAUAGAAGAGCUGGUAGAAGAGAAUAAAGAACUAUCGGUGGCAUUAGAGAACGAACGGAUGCUGGUAAGGAUCCUGAAGGAGAAGGUGGACAAAUCGAACCGGCUCUACGAUGAACAGAAGGCUGAAGUGAACCACCUUAAUUCCAUAUUGACGGACAUGCAGCAUGAUUAUGUCGAUAUGCAGAGGAAAUAUGAGAAGGAAAAACGCGAGAAAGAUGAAGCGUUACUUCGCAACGCUCACAUGUCUCAAUCAGUGGAGAUGAGUCAGUGUAACGUAAGGUAUCAAGAGUCAGAAAUCGGAGAGUUAAAAGCUAAAAUAGUAGAGUUAGAAGCGCUCUUAGCACAACACAAAGAGAAUCAAGCGGAGUGUAUGUUGAUAAAACAAAACGAAGAGUCUCGCUUGGCUGAGUUAGAACAGUUGAAGAAGCGAAUUGACGAGUUUACCGAAAGCGAAAAUACAUUUAAAAAGACUAUACAAGACUUAGAAACUGAAAUCUGUGAUAAAAAUAAGAAAAUAAAAACCCUAGACAACCGAAUAUCGGAUAUGAAGAAAACAUUACAACGUGAAUUGCAAAGCAGUAAAUCAGAUCUCACGUCGGCUGAGGAACAGGAUAUUAGUAGAAAGUACCUGAAGCACGUGGUGCUGCGGUUCCUGACGGCGCGCGAGCUGGAGGCGCGGCAGCUGACGCGCGCGCUGGCGGCGCUGCUGCGGCUGUCCGCGCACGAGGAGGCGUUGCUGCGCGCCACGCUGCAGCCGCGCUCCGGCCUCGCCGCCUGGUUCCCUUCCCUCUCCUCGCUCUCCACCAUCCCCUCCCUGCCCUCGCUCAACACGUGAUCGCCCGCUCACGAGCUUCUUCUCGCUUAAGGUAGUACAUGCCGGAGUGUAGCGACGUCGAAAUUAUGUAUUCAUUUUCGAAAAUUAUAGAACAAUUUUCAAUACUACUGAUUACGCAGAAAGUGCUCUGAUAGCGAACUAACGCAUUAGUCGUUAAAAAAGUUACAUAUAAAUCUACCAGCAAAAACUUUACGCCUACUUAACAUUUUGCUUCUGGGAUUUUGAAAUUAUUUUUUGCCAUUAAAUUUUCAGUGAUAAUUAUUAUAGCCUAUUGUGUACUUAGCAUUUUAGUUCGCUGUCUUAGGACACUUUUUAAAUAGUUACUCAGUAAUAGUUGAAAUGUUAUUGAAAAUUGUAAUACAAUUCCGAUGUUGACACACUUCAGUAUGAAAAUGGUAUGAUGUGAACGCUCUUAAGAGAGUGUAUAUAUAUAAAAUGUUAGCAACGUCUUUAUUGAUUGCCAAAAUUCAAACCCAUAAAACGAAUUCCUAGUCUAAAUAAGUUUACUGAAUGAUCUAUAAUCAGUACAUCUUAAACAGCUGAUGUUUAUUUUAUUAUUAACGUAUUGUUUAAUAAUUAACGUAAUGAACAACGCCACUUUUUGAACGAUUAAUUUAGAAAAACAUUAAAAUAUGGACGUUGCUUCGGUAUGAGCGUAUACACGUAUAUAUGUACAUACUUGAUCACAUCACAAUACAACCGUGCCUCGAAUGUGUUACACAAUAACUUUUGAACUCAUGAUCCUUGCUAUUCUACCUCUCAACAACACGAGAGCUUUCACAUUUGAGCAUUUUUGGUUAGACAGGAGAUAUUACUGUUUAUUAGAAAAUCUGACUUGAUACACGUUCCAGCUCUGUGGCACACAGUUCCUCUUAUCUCAAUAUUUAGUAAAGAUGGGGUUAGACUAAAAUAAUAAUAAAAAAAAUAAAAACUGGACCGUAGAUAGGUCGGCUGAAUUUAGAAUUUAGAUUAAAUGAACAACUGAUUAAAAAAUAUGAAGUUAACUAACCGAAGUGUGCUAUUAAAAUGUUUAUAACCAAUUUUUGAGCGGUUGAAUUAAGCAGGAGUUAAAAUGUAUGACUAGAACAAAUUUUCGAUCGUUUAGUCGAAUUUCAUUUUAAAGCUUCACUCGAAUACAGACAGCUUUUUCUGUAAACAAGCAAUUCGAAAGAGUAAACCAAAACUUCUAAACCACGUAAAAUUAAAAAUACAAUCAUUUUAUGUGAAAUUAAUGGCACGAAAUAUAAUUCAAGUAUGUCAGUAUUAAGUCGCAUCAUUAUACGUAAACACUGGGACCGAUUCUGUGGUGUCAUUUCUCGAAACCUGUCUCUUAAUCUAAUAUUUUAAUUUGAUUAUUUAACUGAAUUACUGUUUUAUGGACCACCAUAAACUAAAACUAAAAUAAAAUAAACUAAAAAAAAAACGAGAGGGAGACUUUGUACAAAAGUCGAUUGCUUAGGUACCUCUGUCGCAUUCGUGUUUCAACCGUAAAGCAGUUGUGUUUACAUGGCUGUGUUUCGGUUUGAAGGGUGGGAUAUCGCGUGAAUUUACUGGGUACAGAGGAAUAACAUCUGAGUCCUCAGGAAUGGCAACGCAUGGGGGGUAUCAUGGGCGAAACAGUUUACUCUGUUAUGUCCAUGGCACUGCUCAUGUCUAUAGGCGACGGUUAUCACUUUCCAUCAGGUGAGCCGUCAGCUUUAUUGCCAUUCUAAGUAGUAUAAAAAAAAAUUACAAUAAUGUUGUUUAAAUCUAUUAAAAAAUUAGUUCAUCUUGAUCCUUACCAUAUAUAGGAGGUAGGUAAUAUGUAGCAAUACCUAUAUAUUUUAAUUACAAUAUAAAUAUACUGAUCCAAUAAUGAAUAUGGUAAAAGUCUAUUAUCCAAAAAAUAAUAUCGGAUAACAUAUUUUUAACAUAUUCGAAAGUAAAUAUCCAACCGAUAUGGGCGUUAUCGAAAUAGGUGAUAACCAUUUUCCACCAUAAAUGUCCAGAAACACCCAAUAUAUAGAUAUCGGAUCGGUAUCCAUAUUACCCAAGCCUAUCCACAAAAGGUUUCGCUGCGAUAUCAAAUUGAAAUUUUAAUUUUAAAGAUAGGUUAGAGAUAAAGAAAUGUCGUCUCAGAAUCGACUUCAAUGUAUUUGAAAUACUUAGAAUAAACAAGAACAACUCGAAUUGUAUUUUAUAUUUUUAUAUACGGUCCCAAAUAAACUGUUGCCGCGUUGAAUCUGAAAACUACCGGCGCUAUUAAUCUGUAUAAUGUAUGUUACAUUGUAUUAGUUUAAAAAGUGAGUUUAGAUUUUAGCGUGUAGAUGACCUAUGAUAAUUACAAUCGUCCGUCUUAAAAAAAAAAGAUUCAUUAUUAUAAAACUGACUUCUAAAAAUUCCAUAUUUAAAUGAUGGUAUAAUUGUAGUAUUAAUGCUAACAUAUAUAAAUAUAAACAGUGCAAUAUAUUCGUUGUAAAUAACUUUAUUUUAAUUAUAAAUGUUUGGUCGUUUAGGUCUGUUAGUGAAAGGUUGUUGUGAGAGCCACAAUAUAUUAUUCUGUGAUUCGAUUAUCAAAAAUUUUAUAUAUUUUCUCCCCUAUUUUUAUAUUUAUUGCCUAUAUCUAAUGACAGACGAUUUGGUAUGUAUGUAAUUUAUAUUACAAGUGUAUUAAAAUUGACAUGAGAUGUUCAGUACUUCUUUUUAUAAUGCGGCUAAUGCAUGGUCUCGUAUAAUCAGUACUUCAAGGACAAUAUUAUACUUGUAUUACAUGUAUACUCCCUUUGACACUAUAGAAUUAUUUAUGUUUUAUUAUUUUGCCCUACUACACAAAUGGCAAAAAAAAAUCUAUUGCCAAAUACAUACGUCACUGUACAUAUAAGAACGAGAUGACAGAUUACAUCAAACAUUGCUGCCUCGAGUUUCACAAAGCAAGUACCCAGGGCCGUAAAAACUAUCAACAAAGAAGGUCUAGGAAGGUUAAUAUAAUUACUUAAUACUUGUUUAGUAACUGAUUUAAAGUAUAUUGAUUGUUUUUAAUUGUGCUACAAAUGCGACGACAUGCAUUCUUCUUUAUAGUUAAGAUGAUAAUCAACAUUCUAUUUGCUAAACUAUAAAGCUGUUAGUGUUAGACAUAUUCACGUUGUAUUUCGUAAUAUUGUAGUGUUAAGGUUUAAUUAAAGAUGCCUUAAUAGUUGCUAGUCAUUUUACGAAGUAAUUGUAUAUUUAUAGCAUUUUUUCUGAUUUGAAAGUCAUUCCACGUAUUCUGUUGUAUUAUAAAUUUAAUGAUCUUGCAAUGGAUUUGAUUAACGUUAAUUGAAUUAUAAUAUUUCUUUAUUUGAAGUAUCUGAGGUAAUGUGUGAACUACAUAAUUAACGUAUCAUCAUCAUAAUUGCCCCCUACUGAACCCCCAUAAGGGAGGUUUUGCGAGUAGUUGCCACGCUUGGCAGACUAGUUGGCAACUUACAUAUAUAAUUGCUUACAUUAUUAUUGUGAUUUUAUAUUCAAUCGAAAAUCAAACUAUUACACACACAACUAUUUUGUUAAUGUCAAAAAAAAAAUUUGUAAAAAUCUACAUUCCUUGCAUUAGUUAGCAAUAGUGAUGUUUUAAAAUAACUAAUUGAGAAAUUUAAUCGACAAAUAAAUAUCACUAUAUGCGAUUUCCUGCACAUAUGGUAAAUGGUUUUAUGUAAUAUUGAUACUAUACAAUUUUUAUAAUAGAAUAUUCAGACAACACUGCCCCCUUUUGAUAAUAUAUUUAUGUUUAUUAUUGUAUAGGUACUGAUAAAUAUCUUGAAAAUUAUUUUAAUAGUACGUGACUUGCGCAGUAACAAUUUUACACACAGUGUCCACUGCGCGAGCUUGUCUAUGGUUUUGUUCAUGUCUGCAUUAGUGCAUUUUUUAUCAUCUAAAAAAAAGUGGUAUAAAGAAAUUUAAUCACAAUAUUUGCAAUAAAUAUUUCAUAAAUAAUUUAAAUAAAUUAACUCUAAAAAAAUGGUCAGAUUUAGUAAAAACUAGAGAAAAUCAGCAAUGAAAUAUUACUAAUUAUGCCACUUUUCUAACGAUAAAAACAUCAUCUGUACAGACGUGUAUUUUUGUAUAGCUUGUUGCUUGUUAAGGUGGCUUUAUGUCUUAUUAAAAACAUUACAUUUUGUGUCGUAUCGUAUUUAGUUUAGUAACAAGACAAAAUAGAAAACCGAUAUUUUUAAAAGAAUUGUCAGCACAAAAUUCAAGUAUCCUUUUGUCUAUAACAUUUUGAAGAUAAACGUUUCUUUUUAUCAACACUACAGAUUACUCAUAAUAUAUCUCCUCUGUGAAUACGAUUUUAAGGCAGCGUUCACAAAGUUGACUUGUCUACGACAUUGUUAAUUUGAACAACAUUUGUAAUAUUUGUAGAUAUUUACAUAUUUUAGAACUGAGAUCUGACACUAAUGUAUAUUGAAUCUAGUCUUAGUCUAUUCUAUAAAUAAAUAAUACAUUGUUUUAGGUAAAAAGUUAUGAUGAAGAUUUAUAAAAUAGAAUUUAUUUUUGUCGUAAAAGAUAUUUAUUUCUGCUUGAUAAACAGUAUUAUGUAUGGUUUAUGUUGAUGAUUAUUUAAAUGUUUACGUUAUAUCAUGUUACAUCGAAUUAUUUUUUUGUGUGUAAUAAAUGAAUAAACUUAAUUAUAUAAAAAUAUGUACUUUUACUGUUUAUUUAUUUCAAUAUAUAUUUAAUAAUUGUAAGUAGUACAUAUUAUUCAAUAAGACCUUUAUUAUAAAUUGUCAGUGAAAAUGUAGAUUAUAAUAGCAAAAUAUGUAUUUGAAAAUUUAGAAAGCAAAUUCGGUGCAAAAUUUUCAAAGGUAAUUUUAUGUUUAACUUUUUUUAUAACCAUGGCUAACAAAGCACUUUUUAAAUAAUCACAAAUAUUGAAAAUGGUCAAUUGUUUUUGAGAAUUGACAGUUCUGAGAUCGUUACAUUUCAGUAUGAACAGAACCACCGACUAAAAGAAACGCGUCACAUGCUUUCGUGUAUAACUAAAGCGACCUAGACACUAAAAGUAAUAACAGAAUAGCAAUUUAAUUGCAAAUUCUAAAUUGAUUUGAUCAGGAAUUUCUGUUCUCUGAAUAAAAUUGCCUGUUUAUCGUACCGUGGAUAAUUUCAUUUUCUCACGCAACAGCGUUUGCCGGUUCGCAUGACAGCCGCCACACCAAGUUCAGAGGGUAAUAAAUAAAAUAAUGUUGCGAUAUAUUUUAAUGUCUUUAUUUACAACUUACAUCAUUAUAAUUUAUAAUAUUCAGGAGCAAUUGUUAACGGCGUACUAUGUACCUAGUCUACAGUGCAACGGGACUCGUUACAAGGCACAAAUCUAAAUGGAAUCGCCUUUACCUUAUUCGCGAUAUCAACGGACCGAUACUAAGAUCAAGAGUAUCUUUCAACGUUGCUAUUUGCUAGAGUUAAGGCGCCGGUCAUAGGCUACGUGGCGCCAUCGCUUUUAUUUUAUUACGUUAAAUGUUUUAAAAAUAUUACGUUAUAAUUCUAUUCUAAACAAAUAUAAACCUUCGCGCAUUUCAAUAAGCAUGAAUCCUCAUUUUUGAGCAAUUAGUGUAAAAAAAUUAUUAUGAGCAAUAACUAUUUAUAACCAGUAGAUACUGUGAAUUUCCAGCAGGUCUACUCUUGAAUCUAAUAUUGAUAUCAAUCCAAUUGCCAAUAACAAUUUUAUACUGCACUCAUGAAACAGCAAUCAGGAAUUACGUUAUAAUUGGGAUCGGUUUGCAAUACUUUGCAUUGGCAGGUUACACUAAUAUGCAUCUAUCAGGACAAUAUGGACCCAUUAUGUCACUAGCAUUGAAACGUCUCAAUUUCAAUAUCGAUUUAUUGGAAUUUAUUUCAAGAGUAACCCCACAGAUAUAUGAUAAAUUAACAUUAUAACAAGCGCUUAUUCGUGCCUGGAAAGGGUAACUAUAACGUAAAUUACUUUUGACACAAUCAUAUAGAGGGCGCCACCUAGACUAAAAGGUUCCAUGCAAAUAAAGUGCCUAAAACUAAUACCAUUUCACAGAAAGUACUCACAAUAGGAACUCAACAACAACAACAACUUAAUAAAAGUGCAUAGCGAAAGACAAAAACAAAUCUUACACGACUAGAUGGUGGAAUGUUGCCUAUCUACUAUAAUUUAUCUAUAUAAAGUACUUCAGAUAUUUUGUUGUUUGUAGGUAGUUAUAUAAAUAAUUGAUUUAUUAUUGCUUUGUUGUGUUCUAAUUGCUAUCCAAACCAGGGUCCAAUCUAGCGAAGGGCAAACCGGCCAAAUGCCUAGUACUCAUUAAAUAAGACGCAACGUUUUUUUUUUAUAUCAAUGCCAGCAAAUAUUAUUUUUACUUAGAAUAGCAAAAUUGCUAGAUCGGGCACUGAUCUUAACUAAUAUAA